UUUUCCAAUCAACUUUGUACGCAAUCUUAUAAAUGCCUCACUCUCCGCGCCACUUCAUUUCCAUCUUCUCUCUUCUGUACGGCAUCCAUGGCCACAAGAAUCAUGAUUUCAUUUCCAGUUCCACCCACUUAGAUGACAGCUAACUCAGAUUACGUAUUGUAAACCACGGAUUUAGUAAUCAGGAAGAAAUGGGCUCCACUUUACUGACCCAGAUGGCAUUUGGGAUUCUUCCUUCCAAUGCCGUAGUUUCUCCAGGUGCUAUUGGCAAACGGGUUUUGAAUUUAUAUACGGGUCGGAUUAUCGUUUGCUCUAAAGCUGCUUCAAAGAGAAAAAAGAAAAUUUCAUGUAAAGACCAGGUGAUUUCUAGAUCAAGAAGUAGAAUUUUCUCGAGUGUGGGUGAUUCCAAUGACGCUGUCACUGACUUGGUCGAUGAUGGUUAUUUGUCGGGUGGAAGUGAAGUACUGGGGACAGGAGAAGAAGAUGAACUAAUGAAAGCUAGACAAGCUCUCUCCGAGGCCAGAGCUAAGCAAGAAGCCAUUCAGAAGGAGAGAGAUCAGUUGAUUGAAGAGUUGGCCCGUUCAGAGGCGAAACAAAAGGAAUACAUUGAUACCAUAUUACAUGACAAGGAACUGGUUGUUUCAGAACUUGAGGCAGCUAAGUCAUUGUUCCACCAAAAGCUGCAGGAGUCGGUCGAUGAGAAGUUCUCACUGGAGUCUAAGUUGGUCCUCGCCAAACAAGAUGCUGUUGAACUUGCAGUGCAAGUAGAGAAGUUUGCAGAGAUAGCUUUUCAGCAGGCUACUUCUCACAUACUAGAAGAUGCUCAGCUCAGGGUUUCGGCUGCUGAAACUUCUGCGGCCGAAGCAGCCUAUCAGAUAGAAAAGCAAAUCAAGGAUGCCACUGAAGGUACUAUUUCGUCGAUUGUGGAGCAGUCGAAAGACGCCAUAAACAAGGCCCUUGAUGUAGCAGAAAAGGCUGGUGAUUAUGCAACAAAAGCAGUGUCAGCUUUUGGUGGCGGAAUAAACCCAGUUGAGGAGAUUGUUUCUGUUCAGUCUGAAAAUAUGAAGUUAAAGCGUAUUGUGAAUGAUUUAGAAUCUCAGUUAUUGCUUAUAAGAAGCGAGGUUGAUAAGUUGAAAUUGGAGAUGGAACAGGUUCGCGAGCAAGCGAAUGCGUCUGAGAUUCGUGCCAACAAUGCUGAGAAAGAAUUAGUAGAAUUUCAGGAAGCAAACAGGAAAAAGGCCCUCCAGCAGGAGGAGGAAAUCAAGUCACUGCUGGAGAAAAUGAAGAAAGAUGCCUUGGAAAGAAAGAAGGCUGCUACAAAAGCGUUUAAGGCCGAGUUGGAAAGCAUCAAGGCUGCUAUUGAAGCAGCAAAAGAAACAGCUAGUUCCAGAGAUACUGCCUAUCUAAGGAGAUGUGAAGCUCUCCAGCGAUCAUUGAAGGCAUCUGAAGAUGCUUUGAAAAUGUGGAGACAAAGAGCAAAUCUUGCAGAGUCGUUGUUAGUGAAGGAAAGUCCACUAGUUGAAGGGGAUAAAGAUUCCAUCUAUGUUGUUAAUGGUGGAAGGAUAGACCUUUUAACUGAUGAUGAUUCACAGAAGUGGAAACUUCUAAGCAACGGUCCUCGUAGAGAGAUACCGCAAUGGAGAGCACGGAGGAUACGCACUAUCCGUCCAAAGUUUCCUCCAAGAAAGAUUGAUGUAGCUGAAGCGUUGACUUCGGAUUUCAGAACUUUGGAUUUGCCUAAACCUGAUAAGGUGUGGUCCAUUGCUGAAGAAAAGCUGAAAGACGGGGAUACGCUUAUCGAGCAGGUCAUGGAGAAAGAAACAAUAGAGAAGAAGCGCAAGGCUCUUGAGCGUGCUCUUCAGCGAAAGACCAUACAGUGGCAGAGGACACCAGAACAUACGAAAUUAGAACCAGGAACUGGAACCGGGCGAGAGAUUGUGUUUCAAGCUUUCAACUGGGAAAGCUGGAGAAGGCAGUGGUACUUGGAGCUGGCUGCUAAAGCUGCUGAUUUAUCCCAGUCUGGGGCAACAGCAGUUUGGUUUCCACCACCAACGAAAUCUGUAGCUGCUCAAGGUUAUAUGCCUACUGAUCUUUACAAUUUGAACUCGGAAUAUGGUACUGAGGAAGAACUGAAAUACUGCAUUGAGGAAAUGCAUUCUCACCACAUUCUGGCCUUAGGCGAUGUUGUACUGAAUCAUCGAUGUGCGGAAAAACAGAGUCCAAAUGGUGUUUGGAACAUUUUUGGUGGCAAGCUUGCUUGGGGGCCUGAAGCAAUUGUUUGUGAUGAUCCAAAUUAUCAGGGUCGCGGAAAUCCUUCAAGCGGUGAUAUAUUCCAUGCAGCACCAAACAUUGAUCAUUCGCAGGAUUUUGUAAGAAGAGAUAUAAAAGAGUGGUUAAAUUGGCUUCGAAAUGAUAUUGGUUUUGAUGGGUGGCGCCUCGACUUUGUAAGAGGCUUCUCGGGUACAUAUGUAAAGGAAUAUAUAGAAGCUUCAAAUCCCGCCUUUGCUAUUGGAGAAUAUUGGGACAGUUUAACUUAUGAACAUGGUAACUUGUGUUACAAUCAAGAUGCUCAUCGGCAAAGGAUAGUGAAUUGGAUCAACGCCACAGAUGGUACGUCUUCAGCAUUCGAUGUGACAACCAAGGGAAUACUCCACUCUGCUCUGCAUAACGAGUACUGGAGGUUGAUUGAUCCUCAAGGCAAGCCGACCGGAGUUAUGGGAUGGUGGCCUUCUCGCGCUGUUACAUUUUUAGAGAACCAUGAUACAGGAUCAACACAGGGUCAUUGGCCAUUUCCGCGAGAUAAGCUUGCACAGGGAUAUGCCUAUAUCUUGACCCAUCCUGGAACACCAGUGAUAUUCUAUGACCAUUUCUAUGAUUUUGGCAUCCGCGACAUCAUUACCGAGCUUAUCGAGGCUCGGAGAAGGGCCGGGAUCCAUUGCAGGAGCUCUAUGAAGAUAUACCAUGCAAACAAGGAAGGUUAUGUUGCACAGAUUGGUGACACCCUGGUGAUGAAGCUAGGGCAUUUUGAUUGGAAUCCCUCCAAGGAAAAUAAUCUAGAUGGGAGCUGGCAGAAGUUCGUUGAUAAGGGAUCAGAUUAUCAGUUGUGGUUAAGACAAUAGUUUGGGAGGUAUAUAAGCAAAGAUGAGACCUUCACCUUCUUUGCUAAGCGUACCAUAAUACAUAUUGGCUUCAUCUCUGGUUAAUAAUGGACAUCAUUUGCAAGUGGGGAAACUGCAAUAUGAUGCAAAAUCUUCUUGUUUUACUAUUACCAAACAGGGGGAAAAUAUAAAAAUCCAUGCAUUCUUCAACAUGUACGGAGUAUCCGCAUCAAAACACCAAAAUGCAUCAGUUGCGGUGACUUUGCAGGAUAUUACAUCAAAACGAACAAGGAUAUUUACAUAUU